AAUUGAAGCGUAUAUGAGAAAUCAAACAUCUGAUAAAACGUAUUACAAUGAAAGCUUAUCAAAUUUAUAAUUUUUUUUAUAACAGAAUCUUAUAAAAUCUUAUACUAAACCCUUCAGACGAACUGACGAAGCGUUAAGCGUUAUAAAAGCUUAUAAAAGCUUAUACUGAACCCUUUAGAAGAAGAUACGUUUGGAUAUUUACAUAGGCUAAUGAUGUGUGUUGCUAUCUGUAUCUAAUUUGUCAGUUUUAAGAAUUCUCUGAAAGCUGGUAAUUCUCUGAAAGCUUUUUAUGUUGUAUAUUGAUUGUAUAUUGAUUUUUAUGUAGGAACACUUGCUUUAAACACCAUCAGUUUCAAAACGCUUGAAAUGAAAAUGCAUAUGCAGACGUUUCUGGCUUGGAAAUUGGACCCAAGAGUGUCUGAGCUUGUGGAAUCCACAUGUUUUCGGUGGUUUUUGAAACUCAAAAAUGAUCUUUAUAGGCAAGAUAGUAAUCUUCUUACUGCCCUUGCCUUGAUGUAUGAUGAGAGUAAAGAUCAUUUCGUCAUUGGGAAUCCUAAGAUGGAUAUCGAUUUUGGUCUAGAAGACGUUUUAUAUAUUACAGGUCUUCCAAUUGAUGGAGAACAUGUUUCAGGAUUAGAGAGUGAAAACAUCACGAAUACAAUCAUGCAUCAUUUUCAGAUAACUAAAGAGAGGGCUAAGUCAUUAAUGAAGAAUUCCGGUAUUGAUCUCUCAAGAUUGAAGCUGGAAUUUGAGAUGGUACCACAAGGGAAUGAGGUUGACUUAGAGCCUUAUUUCAAGGCUUAUCUCCUCUUCUUGUUGGGAGAAGUCAUUCUCCCAAACAACAGCAGCUCUUUUUCUCCCAUGUACCUACCUCUUCUUGGAUUGAAUGAUGUCAACCACUAUGCUUGGGGGGCAGCUAUGUUGGCGAAUAUGAAAGAAGCUCUAGAAAAAGUGAAGACAGCUGAGAAAUUCACAAGCUUAUGUGGUUUCUCGUACGCUCUCACGGUUUUUGCAUUAGAGCGGUUUCCAGACCUUAGAGAAAGAUGUGGAUCAUCACCUCUACCAUCCAGAUUUCCUUGAUUUUGGGGUGGAUGGAGGCGUUGAGUAAACCGAAUAAAGACACGAAGAACGUAACGUCUGUGGAAGACUACCAA